AUGAGUGAUGUAGAAACACCAACUGAACUGUUACAAGGACUGUGCUGCAACAGACAGGUGGUGAUACCGCUGCCUCUGCGGCACUCCGUCUGGAAUCUGAAAAUGAAGGCGUCGAGGGUAUGCUUUUUUCUCCCGGCGCCGGUCCAGCGAAUAUUGGGCAACGCAACUCAUGCUGGCAACGUAUCACGAAGACCUCGUCAGCGUCCUCGAGCAGGACCUGGUGGAGCACGAGGAAAGGGUAAACCAGAGGAAAACUCCGAAGAAAUGCAGCGUCAAAUCAACGAGAUUGUUCAAGCUGCGCUAAAAGUCGACAGCGCAGCUAAAGAGAAGGAAAGGCGUUCCAGAGGAGCUGAACGUCCAGCACGUAGGUCAGGCGCUAUGAGUGGGAGCAUAGACUCAGUUGUUGUGCCUUUACAACGCUCCACUCCAUUUGCUAUAUCCUCCCGCCGAGAUGAGGUAGAAGUCGAAACGGUCUCUACACCUGUGUCAACCAGCAGUUCCCAAAUGGCUUUCACAUCGAUUACUCCUUCAACGGUUUUAGUUCAGAAGGUUAAUGCGCAUAUGGAUAUUUGUUCGAAUGAAUUGACUACACCUUUCAAGAUUCCGCAUAAAGAUAAGGAAAAAGGAAAAGCCUCACCUGCUGUGGCUACAAGGUCUCCUCUAGCCGAUGCCCAUGAUACUCGGGAAUUUUCUCAGCGGGAUAUCCAAACGAUCAAAAUGCGACAAAAGAAGCGUUAUGCAGCCGAACACGCCCGUGAGGCUAAGAAGGCUCGCAAACAACCGGAAACUUCAAUUACGCAGGAUCCGCUGGCUGUGGUCGACAGGAUUUGUGGAGAAAUGGCGGCUUCACGGGGAAGAAGGGAGCAAAAACGUGAGGUUGAGGAACGGACACCUCAAGUUGUUAAUCAUGACGCCACAUUAUCGCGGGAAGCUCUUGAACGUCAUGCUCUAGAUGACACCAUGGCUCGAGAGGUAGAUCCACCACCUGAAAGUGCUGUUCCUCGAACUGAUAUGGAAAUGGACUAUGGUGGUAUGUCUGCGCCACGAAGAGGACCCAGAACUCCACCACUAGCCGAUGCCCCUGCGGUUGCUACCGUUGAGACUCCACAGCGGCCGAAGCAGCAGCGUGGACCGAAAACUCCUCCCGGGUCACCAGGGCCCCGAACUCCGCCACCAAUUCAACCUUCGCAACCGCUUCAACCCUCAGUUCCUACUUCUACAGCUCCCACAAUGCAGUCGUUACUGGCAAAUAUUGCCGCGAUGGCUGGUACCUCAACUAGUCAACUUGCAUCAACAUUAGGAGAGGAUUUAAACAGAAUGGUUGGCAGUGUCAAUACGGGAGUGUUGUUAGAAUCGUUCGUGUCAGCGCUGCGUACUGCAACGGCACAGCAGCCUUCCACUACCAAUGAUCAAGAAAAAGCCUCCCAAUCAGCUGCUCUUAAGCGCGAAGCGUCAUCAAAAUCGCUAUCACGACGGGAAAUCGACACAGAUUCGGUGAAGAUGGAACUUGUAUCGGACUGUUCACUGUCACCACUGCAGGCAGAUUCGCCAUCACGUGCCAAUUCUCCGCUUCAGGCGCCUCCUCCUCCACCAAUUAUAGCUCCUCCGCCACCACCUCCUAUUUUGCCGCCACCUCCAAUAUCUGUUGCUGCUCCUCCACCACCGCCAUCACAUCAUGUUCCUAUGGUGUCUUUUAUUCCGAUGGCUCCUCCCAAUUUGCCCGUUCCGAACCUUGCAGUGCCUCCGCAACCUCCACUGCUUCCACCUCCAUUUCCACUUAUUCCAAAUUUCGCUGCUUUACCACCUCCUAUACCGAUUUUCGCGGCGCCUGUUGCCGGUCCAACGGUGGCUGCACAUGUAGCUACUUCAUCAGCCAGUACUGCUCCUACAAAUGGUGCUCCUCCACCGUCUCAGCACACGAUGAUGCCUCCGUCAAAUAUGAAUGGCAUGACGAAUAUACCCAAUCUGACCAUGCCCCCUCCGUCUAUUUCUGUCCAGACAACGAUCUCCAACUUAUCUACCCGCGUCAAUCCACCUGCGAGUUCACAACCGUCCAACCUGCCUCCGUCUUUCGCUGGAUCUGUUGGUGGUACUCCUCAGAAAGUGUCUUCGGAAGGAGCUACGCGAAGUAAUCAACAGAAUUUCAGUCCACCCAAGAAUCCUUUGUUCGGUGAAGGUUCUAAUGCUGAUCGAUGUAAUGCUAAUGCUACAAAGCCAAAUGAUCCUACCAAUUCGGAUCCUCGACCGAAUUCAGACAGGUGGCGAUCCAAAGAUCGUACGGAAGGACCCAGAGGAUCGGGUGCAGAUGAUUCUACUGGUAAUAAGACCAACGCACGGUUCGAUCCUAAGAAGCGACAGAAAUCUGCAGAUAAUACAUUCGCCAAGGGACAGCGCGGUAUGAACUUACGGAAGAAGUAUGAGCGUGGUCAGUACCGUGGAGGUCCAAGUCGUCCACAAAAUGCGAAGCCAGACACGUCAUGUCUACCCACUUCAUUGGCGCCUCUUCCUUCGGAACUACAACAAGAGGCUAAGCGCAAACAGCCUGAAAUGCCUACUCAAGAGGAUUCUGAGGCCACUAGCCGAAAGGUGACUAGUACACUGUUGUCUGCACUCGGCAUUGGGUCUUCAUCGUCUGCUUCGAAGCCGCAACAACAAACGCCAUCAAAGCCACAGCAUACACCAUCACAGGCCCAACAUCCAUCACCGCAGGUGCAACACCCACCACCGAAACCUCAACGUCAGCAGUCUCCUCACCCUCCAGACCGCAAGAUGUCAGUGGAUCGGUUCAACAACGAUCGUCGCCCCUUCCCUGACAAUCGGCCGUUUCAGCAAAAUCGAGGUAAAAGUGGGCGUCCUUAUCGGCCACGCGAUUGA